AUGAAGUUGCCGGCGUUCAAAAAAGAAGGAAUGACUCGGAAAGAGCAAAGAAAAUCGGCUAAACAGCUGAAAAAGAUGCAAGCAAAAGCGUUCGCCCAAAGAACUCCGAUAGAACAAGUUAUGCGAGAAACGAUGGGAAUGACGAAAGAAGACAAGAAAAAGCGAAAAAGAAAAAGACAGCAAGAGGCUAAAAAAGAUGCUCGAAAAAUUGAAUUCUUACAAAGAAAAAAUAGAAAUGACAGUGACAACGAAGAUUCGGAUAAAGAUUUCGAUGAUUCUGAAGACGAAGACGAGAAUCCAGCAAAGAAAUCGAAAACUAGGGAUGGAAUCGUAGAAGUCAGUGUUAAUAAAGGAAAAAGAAAGUAUGGAGAUGAAAGUGAAGAUAGUGAUGAAGAUUUGACGUAUGAAAAGUAUUUGGAGGAAGUUAAGUCAGCUACCCAAAAACGUCGUCAAAAUCAACAAGACGGAAUCGAAGAUGAUGAUGCAGCUAUUCGAAAAUAUGGUGUACUGUUAGGUGUAAACGAAGAGAAAAAGGAGAGAGAUGGCAAAAUGAAAGUGCCAAAGUCGAUGAAGAGUGAUGGAUUGGAUUUACUUCUUGAUUUCUGUGAUUCGGAACGUCGUAAAGAACUAAUGGAAGAUGAAUUAGAAGAAGACGUCGAAGAUGAAGAAGGAUUCGAGGAUGAAGAGCAAUCAGAUGAUGAAGAAGAAUUUGAUUUAUCAGAAGGGGAAAAUGGAGAAGAUAAUGAUGAAAGUUUGAUCGAUGAAAUGGUUUCUGAUGAAGAAUUAGAAGAUGAAGAAGAUGGAGAAGGUAUUGAAAGUUCAGAAGACGAAUCUGAGAUUCUUCCUUCAAAACCUGAAGAAGCUGAAGAUAUUUACGGUCGAAAAAUCAAUAAAUCCACUGGUGAACUUAUCAAAUUUGACCCGGCAGCCGCUCGUAGAAAGCUUGACGAAUUGGACGCAGCCACGUCUUCAACAAACGAGCAGAAGGCUCGUGUAGACCGUGCUGUUAAUAGUAUUAUCAACAAGUUAUCAGAUGCAAUGUUGAUCAAGUCACAGCAAGGAAUUGCAGAGCUGUGGACAACUAGCUCUAAGAAUGAUGUCAAAAGUGCACUCUACAAAUUUCUGUCGAAGGCUCUUUUGGCCCCAUUCCGUCUUCAAGAUUCACUUCUCACCACUUACGGCGCAUUUAUGGCGAUGUGUCAUACAAUGAUAAGCAAUGAGAUUUCCGCUCAUUUUGUCGAAUGUUUCCUUUGUGAUCUGGUCAAAUCAAUGGAAGAAGAAGAGGAAGCUGAUGAUAAAUCUAUGGAGAAUCGGGUUGUUUUCACCGCUUUUUUAGUUGUCUUCAGAAUUCUUCAACCAUCAAUCCUCAUUGAGAUUAUCGAUAAAUUCGCCGCUCAUCUCAAUUUGACAAAUCUUUUUGCAAUUCGUACACUUGUGGCUUACGCUUACAAAUCGCUGAAGAAGACUUCUUGGCCUCUCGUAACAUCAAAAAUUGAUGAAAUCGCCAUCGAGUUCCAACAAAAACCGAUCUCAGCAUUGCCACGCGCCAAAUUCCUGUUAGAAGAAGUUAUCUCGCUCAAAAAAACACCGCCAAAAGCAAUUGAUUAUGAAGUUGUGGAGAGACAAGUCAAAGUAUUACACGGAGUUACUAAAAGAAAAGGUAGUUCAGUGUCCUCGGAUUCUAAAGAGUUAUCGAUGACGCUCAAUGAUUUGUUGCACGCCGAAGAACGAGGAAGAUGGUGGAUCAUCGGUUCUGCCUUCCGUCUCCCUGAACAGGGUGGUUACGGUCUCCUAGCUUCUGCAGCUGCUUCUGGACAAAAGAAGGCUUCUACCUUCCCUCCAGAAGUUGUCAGUCUUGCAACUAAAGCUGGCAUGAAUUCAGAAGUUCGACGACAUAUUUUCUGUAGUGUUGCCACCGCCGAUGACGAAGACGAUGCAUUUGAACGUCUUCUGAAACUUCAAUUGAAAGGAGAGAAAGAACGAGAAUUGGUUCAUGUUUUGAUUGCGAUGAUGAUGAAAGAGAAGACAUUCAAUGCAUUUUAUGCGGCAUUGUUGCAGAGAUUCUGUGAAUUCAAUAAGAGAUUUGUGAUUACUCUUCAAUUCGCUUUAUGGGAUCGUCUCCGUGAAUGUGAAAAGCUGAAACCGUACCAGAGAACAUCAAUUGCUCAAUUACUACAACAUUUGAUUGCAAAUGAAGUCAUGUCGAUCACAGUACUCAAGACUGUGGAAUGGGCAACAAGAUCAUCCUCUCUGACUGUUAUACUCAAAAAGUUGUUCCUCGGACUUGCCAAAUCACCAGAAUCAGUGCUGAAACGGGUGUUCGAACCAGUGGUAAACCCUCAGAAGAGAGCGAAAUUCGAAUUACUGUCAGAGGGAAUGCGUGUAUUCUGGCACAUGAACCUAAAGGAUUCGGAUGCUUAUCAGAAAGUGGAUCAAUGGAUUAUGGAGAGUGGAUAUGACUAA